AUGUCGGAUCCGAAGGCCAACCUCAGGGGUGUGGUGGGGGCAGCAGCGGCCAUCGUGCUCGUCUCCCGAAUCCGAGACGUCAGACACCUUCCGCGAUUAUUGCUGGACAAGGGUUCGCCUACGCAAAGCUUGCAUGUCCUGGCAUCGUCGCUGGCGAUCUAUGGCUAUGAGCGUUUUGUGGCCAUGAUCUUACGCCGUCUCGGAAUGACCAGGAUGCCCUCCACCUUGGCGGCGAUGCUCUCCCUCUUCGCCGCAUUGCGCUGUGUGCAGAAGCUGAGGGACCGGCAGACAUCCGACAGGCUUGCCGAUCUCUUGAAGCCGGGCGUGGAUUUCCUUGGCAAGUGGAUGGGCCUGUUCCUGGCUCCCCCGCUGGUCUCCUUGGAUGCUUCCAUUGCGCGGCUCCCACCAUACAGCGGAGCAGUUUGGGCCAACACAUCGGCCUUGCUCGGAAUUGGAUGGGGUGCGACGCACUGUGCUGCUGCCGCUGUCGCCUCCUCCUUGGUGCCGCAGCGCGCUGCACCGACACCGGCGAAGUCCGUGGCAGCACCUGCUAAGCAGGAAGCCAACGGCAAUACGCAGGUCUCUCAGGAUGAGGCAGUACGACGCUCCUGGGUUUUAUUGGGUGCGGCUGGCUUUCUGGGAGUGGCUUGUUCGCCAGCGCUGCCGCUGGUGAUGCAUCGACCGCUGGGGAUGUUGUGUGAGAUGAGCACCACCGUGUGUUCGUUCGCACUAUCGAAGCUUCUUCCAGACGCCGUUCAGCGCGUGCUCCACCCCCUCGUGAUAUGCGCGGUGUCUUCCAAUCUGGCAUCGCGAUUUGUUGGGCCGACAGCCCCUUACUUCGAUGAAGGACGAGGAGUUGGAGACAAACUGUUCCAAUGGCUUCCUGCGGCGGUUACCGGCCUUGGUGUGAGGAUGUACAACACCACUGGCCUUUGGCUUGACAACGCAGACGAUUUCAAGUGUGUGUUGGCCACAUGCUCGGCCUCGGGCUGCUUUUCCAUUCUGCUAACGACUCUUGGUGCGGUGAACCCGAAGUCUCCGCUGACAGUGCCAGCACCACUCUCGCUCCCGUUGCUCCACCGUUCAGUGAUGUCGGCUUUGGGCAUCGAGGGCUCGCAGGCAAUUGGGCCGGAGUGUGACCCCAAACUCGCUGUGGCAUCCAUCCUCAUCACAGGAUGCAUUGGGGCUUCUCUGGGCAACACCCUGCUGGAAGCAUUCCCGGCAAUCUUCAAAUCGUCCUCGCCACUUGUUCGUGGUGUCGCCAUGGGCUGCUCUGCGCACUCGAUUGGCACCGCCGGGCUCAUCUCCUUCGGGGACACAGAAGCAGCGGCCAUUUCCGGAGCCUCAAUGUGCCUGGCUGGUACAAUGCACACUCUGGUGCUCCAACUGCCUGGAGUGGUGUCUGGUAUCCGUUCUCUGGUGUCUGGCCUAGCAUUGGGCGGUUUUUCGGGCAGGCCGGUGCGAUGCGCAUGGAGCUGCUUUGGAGCUGCAGUACAGCUGCAGAGUUCCGCAGAAACAAUCGAGUCUUAUCGAACCUUCAGUGGUAUGGCCUCGGCUGUUCGUCUUCUAAGACAUCUGCGUUUAAGGCAGCGCUCCCCGCGUUGUCAUGAGAUCCGAGAUACAGCUCCGCACUUGGAACUAGUACUGACUAGGCCAGAAUCGGUCAUACAUUUUGUACAAGGUUUUGGUGAUGUGUUCCUGCGGGUCAGCUGCCAUGAUCAUGCGGUUCCCGGAGCACUUGCCGUACCGAGGCCUCCGCAUGUUUGUCGCGCCGGCACCUGGUGA